GGUACGGCCUCCUGGACUCCAACCUCGUGCCGGAUCUAGCGGCAACCAAGAUCGUAUCAGGUUCUUUCGUGGUCGGCUCCUUCGCGACUCCGAUCGACGCCGGAAGCAACUCCCUGACCGUCGGAUCCAUCCGGUCGGCCGCAAUCGAUACCUCCGACCACGACAUCGACGCCGGCAGUGGCACCGUGUCGGCCGCGUCGCUCGUAGCUUCCGAUCAGAUCUCAACUUCUAACCUGACGGCGAGCACCGGCGAAUUUUCCGGCGGCUUGGUGGUUCGUGGCAACCUCAACGUGGUAGGCAGCCUCGAUUACAUCGACAGCACCGCGCUCUCGAUCGCCGACAAGAACGUCAUCCUCGCCAAGACCUCCAACCCUACCGACGCCCUCGCCGACGGUGCUGGUCUGUUCGUGUGCGGGUCGGACUUUCCGACAUCGAACGACGCAGUAUCCUUCACCUGGAAUAUCGGCAGCAACGGAGAUUACUGGCUGACGAAGGGAGGGGCUCUCGCCAUCCGCUCGUCGAACGGCUCCAAUGCCACGAUAUCGGCCGGACCUACCGGCUCUCUCCUCCUCUCCUCCGACGACGGCGUCCACUCCAAGGCCACCCUCAAGUUCGGCUCCUCUCUCCUGCCGGACAGCUCCAGCGUGGAUGUAGGAAGCUCGAACGAUCGCUGGGGCAACUUCUACGGCAGCAACGCCCGUCUCUCGGGUGCCAUCACUUCUGGCAGCAUCUCGAUCGGCAGCAAUUCCCUCUCCCUCACCGGGCCCGUAGCGUCCUCUUCCGCGAGGGCCUCCGCGAUAUACUCAACGACGACAGACGCCACUUCCCUAGUGGUCGGUAGCAACCUGACCCUGAGCGCCGGCUCCACCACGAGCGUCUCUGCCGACGUCCUGCCCGGCAGCAACGGCGCCUACGACGUCGGAGCAUCCUCGAACGCCUGGAAAAACAUCUACGCCGGUUCAGCAACCCUUUCCGGAUCGCUGUCGGCCAACGGCGCCACCUUGAGCGCCCCCCUC